AUGGCGGCUGCUAGUGACAAGGCUCGGUUUUUCCUUGAGCAAUCUGUACCAGAACUCAAAGAAUAUGAACGCAAGAAUAUCUUUUCCGCAGACGAAAUCACCAGUAUCACUAGAAAACGAUCCGACUUUGAGCAUAAAAUCAACGCCAGGGGUUCCACGCCGUCAGAUUAUGCACGGUACGCCGAGUUCGAGAUCAACGUCGAGGCUUUGAGGCGGAAAAGAGUCAAGAGACUUGGAAUCAAAUCAACAGCUCAUAAUGGGAAGAGACGCAUCUUCUUCGUCUUUGACCGUGGAACUAGGAAGCACCCUGGUGACGUGAGUCUGUGGCUGCAGGCAAUUGAUUUUGCCCGACAACAGAAGGCUUACAAGAAGUUGCAAGAGAUUUUUGCAAAAGUACUGCGCCUGCACCCUCGAAAGUCCGACCUGUGGAUAUACGCGGCGCAGUUUGCUGUGGACGAAAAUGGCGACAUGACCGAGGCUAGAAGUUACAUGCAACGAGGACUUAGAUUUUGCAAGUCGUCAAGAGCCAUGUGGCUAGAAUACGGAAGACUUGAGAUGUCUCACAUCGCCAAAAUACAGGCACGUCGGGAGAUACUGGGCAUCUCGACAGACAGACCGAAACAAGAGCAGACUGUCGAGGAGGACGAGAACGUCAUUAAAUUGCCGAGUUUGACAGCGAGGGAUAUCAACCCGGAUGCUGAAGGAGAUAGUAACGCAGAUACGGCUCUACAUUCCUUCGACUCGACAUCAGCCAUGCAGGGAGCCAUUCCCUUGGCGAUCUUCGACGCCGCUAUGGCUCAGUUCAACGAUCCCUCCUUUGCGCUUGACUUCUUUGAUAUGGUUGUCGAUUAUGAAGGUCUUCCAGCGUGCCGAAAAAUUGCAACACACAUUGAAGAAAAGUUGAAGAUGGACUGGCCACAAGACUGGCACAGUCAAGCAUGUCACAUUAGGCUGCCUCUUGUUUCCCUGGAGCCCAAUAUUCCCGAAUUUCCUGCUGCUUUCAGACAAGCUUUGGCAAAUUUGAGGGAAGUUAGAGCAGAGACGCUCUGUCCAGAACUGGUCGGGUGGGUGAAAGGCUGGCUGCAGAACCUUGCUGCGAUACCUGAUCUGGAUGAAGGAAUCAAAGCUGUGUCCGAAUCUGUUCUGCGAUCACUCGACAGUCCCUAG